CAAUGGCACACACACAUGGACACACACACACACACUUUGGCGCAUGUAGGGUCUUAGACUUGGCUGACUACACGCAGGGUUCAUUAGAAAGGGCUUUUUUUCUGUAGUGAGUUAAUAAGUGCUGAUUGAGCGUGUUUCAUUUGAGCUGUGUGUAGUUGUGAACACACUGCUGCACUACACCGAAUGAAUUCUUGAAAACUAUGAAACCAAAUGUCUCAUGAAACAUGGACCGAGUAUUAAAGAGAUGCCAGAUCAGCAGUCGCCUGGUUAGAGAAUGUUUUGCUGAGUUUCUUGGAGUGUACAUUUUAAUACUGUUUGGCUGCGGCUCAGUCGCUCAGGUCACCACUUCAGAAAACAGCAAAGGAGAAUACUUGUCAAUCAAUCUUGGAUUUGCUUUGAUCACUACAUUUGGAAUCUAUAUUUCCAAAGGAGUAUCAGGAGCUCACCUGAACCCCGCCGUGUCUCUCAGCCUAUGUUUCCUGGGCAGGUUUCCCUGGAUUCGGCUGCCAUUCUACAUCUUUUCACAGGUGUUCGGUGCCUUUCUGGCUGCAGCCACUGUUGCUUUGCAGUAUUAUGAUGCCAUAAUCCAUUACAGUGGCGGGCACUUUACAGUGAGCGGUCCCACUGCCACAGCAGGAAUAUUCUCCACUUACCCUGCAGAUUACCUGAGUGUAUGGGGAGGAGUAGUAGACCAGGUGAUUGGUACAGCGGCCCUGAUGGUGUGUGUUCUGGCUCUGGGUGACAGCCGUAACGUUCCUGCCCCUCCUGGUCUAGAACCUGUGCUGGUGGGAGCAGUAGUUAUGGUAAUCGGCGUCUCCAUGGGUUCAAACAGCGGUUAUGCCAUCAACCCUGCGCGAGAUAUUGGCCCUCGGGUCUUCACCUUUAUUGCCGGCUGGGGCGAUGAGGUGUUCAGAGCUGGAGCUGGGUGGUGGUGGAUCCCUUUGGUGGCCACUUGUGUAGGUGGCCUUGUCGGCUCUUUGAUUUAUGAGCUGCUGAUUGCUGUUCACCAUCCUGAACCAGAAGUUACCAAGACCGUCGACAACCUGCAGGACCUGGAACUGGAAGUGUCACAGAAAGAGUCUGAAAAACCCAAUCAGAUCAAAGUGAUGCAGUAGCAAACCACAUGAGGUUCUCUUCACCCCGAUAUAUUGGGAAAAAGCUGCUUAGAAGUCUUUUAUAUGAAUCCAUACUUACAUAUCAGAGACCUAAAUAACCACUAGUGAAGUAACUUAAAAGCUACUUUAAAGCUAUGUGACACAAGCAAAGGUGUUUGCUUUGUAAAGGGAAUGUUAGAUUUAUUUUAAAAUACCAUGCAAAUUUUAAAAAAAAAAUCCUACCUUUUGAGUAGGUUUAUUUGCAAUGGGUUUGUUUGGAUGUACAUUUUAAUUUCAGUCAAACAGGAAGAACAUCCCUGAUCUUACUCGUGUAAUCGAGUCAGUCCUGGCCUUCAAAUGACUAUUAGUUGUGGCACUGUUUCACUGACAGCCAGCUAAUGUUCACAGGAAAAAUGGGUAACUAAUUGUUAAACAAAUGAUUCUAUGACUAAGGCUAAUAAUAGCACAGCACCAUUAAAUUCUUCAUUCUGAUUGGACAGAAUGUGUUGUUUAAAUAACUGUACAGCAAGGCAAAUCACAGGUUUAUAGUAAUGCACUCAUUCUGAUAUGGUAAAUGGUCUGCAUUUAUAUAGCACCUUUUUAACCUUAGCAGCUUUACACUGUUUCUCAUUCACACACACACAGUGCUAGCCUGCCAACAGGAUCAACUUGAGGUUCAGUAUCUUGCCCAAGGACACUUUGGCACAUGGAGGAGGAUCAAACCACCGACCCUGUGCUUAGUGGACAACCCACACUACCACCUGAUCCACAGCCAGCUCCCGUGUGUUACUGUUUCUAUAGUAAAAACUAAUUCACAGAGACUUGUACAGCAGACAUAAUCGAAACAUAAUCUAACAAAGAGAAAAUUUUGUUGAUAUGGUGAAGCUUUCUGUAAAGAGAUUUUAUUUAUCAUUUAUGAAAGGAGGUUUGUAGUAGUCAGAGUUAAAGUUUUCUGCCAAGUGAAAAUCUUCAGAUUUUCAGAAUCUUUCCACAACAUUAGAUAUAACUAUAAAUGGAUGAAUAGUAUGUGGUAGUGUUUUUUUUUAAAUAAAUAAAUACUGUAAUCGGGCCUCAUUGAUCAAUCUUUUAGUAAAGUUGUGUGUAAAUGUUUAUGUAAGCCAAAUCGAACUAAAAUUUUCUGCCAGAUUUACAAAGGUUUCAGAAACGCUGAUUAUCUUUGUACUUGUGUGUGUAUGCUGAUGACCCAUAUCAUGCAAAGUACGUUCCUGACACAGUUUAUUUCCAUGUGGUGAUGCCCACAAAACUGUAUAAAAGUUUGCAAAACAAUUUAUUUAUUUAAUUAUUUUACAUUGUUGGGUCUCUGUCAUUUGACAUUACAUUCAAUGGUAAAUCAUUUUUAAACAAUAGGCACUUGAACAAAAAUUAAAAAUUUUCACAACUGAA